UAAAUUAUAUAAAUACAUAAAAGUUUUUGGGCAUUUAAUAGCAAAUGGCGUUAUACUUUGAUGUCAGCUGAUAAACACAACAAUAUAUAAAAUAACACUGCGAUUGACGUUUUGUUAACAUAACAAUCGACUUUCAUCUUCUUGCCAAGCACAUGAAUAUUUUUCCUAUUAAAAAUCUAGACAAGUUUGUCUUUGAAGAUCAAUAAUUUAAAGUUUGUCUCAAUAUCUGGUCAAUAUACAGCUGUUCUCAGAGUAAGCUUGUAUCAUUUUAUCAUUUUAUCAUUUUAUCAACAUAUAUUGACAACUCUAUUAAUAGAUCUUACUAAUUUUAACUGUGUUAUUGUCGGAUAAUGGACUACUCCAUGUAGUCGCAAGUAAUUGCUAACUUCUUCUCUUGUUUUAUUUGAAACAAUUUAGUGACUUGAAAUGCAGCAUUUUAAAACGUAAAUGUUAUGAAGACGUCAAAGCGGGAAAACAUAUUACACCCCAGGACUUGAGUUUCUGGUUUCGAAAUACGUCUAAAUGAUAUACUGUGUGGGUGUUAAUACUAAACCAGAGUCUGUUGAUGAGCACGUUCAUUGUAUAGUUCAAAUUAUAUACUUUUGUAAAAAAAUAUCUUUAUUUUAUCAUUUAUUUAUUUUGUGUGUAUUUUUAUUAUUUGUAUAUUGGUAUGUUUGUUUUUGUUGUUGUUGUUUUGAAUAUUGGUAGAAUAUUUAGUAAUACAUGUAUUAUAGUAUUUUCAUAUUUUUUAUGACUGUUAUUAUAUUAUAUCCUUCAUUCUCAAAAUACAAGGCUAACUAAAUCUCGUCCGGACAAUUAUAUGGUAAUUAUAUAUAUACAAGUUGGUGAGGUGGUUUACCUCGUGUAUACAUGUUUUUUAUAGAUCACGUUCAUACACUCUGUAAAGUCAUCAACUAUCCGGCUCAUUUGAAUUCUCGAGUAAAUCCCCAUCAUAAGAUAUGUUUUAGACAGUAAGGGAGAAAAUGUUCACCUCUGAUCUGAGAUUUAUAAUCGGACUGUAAACCUCUCUGCACGAGUCACUGUUUUAUCAAUUCACUUACUUAACACACGUUCAACAACAAGAUCUCGGAUACUAGAAUCGAUAUAUAUAAUAUUCAGUUUAUCACUUGAUCGUAGCUGAAAUAUAUUUGGAUGUUGAAAGUUGAUCGAUUCAAUCAAAACUAGAAAAACAUUUUUUGGCGUAAUUCUGUGGGAUUAUCUAAUAGCACGGCUAUCUAUUAUGUGAAAUAUGGAUCGAUUAUUUUUAGUGCAACAAACAAUUGUUUAUCUAGCAUUAACAUUUAUCGUCCGAAUAUCUGAGUGUGACAGCGCACGCAAAAUUAAUGUAACAACACGUGCUGGGACUUUUAUCGGUCUUUCAUAUGAAGUUGAUUUCGAUAAGGAAAUCAGGAGUGCAUCGUGUUUUCUAGGGAUUCCAUUUGCUAAAGCUCCAGUUGGUGAACGACGAUUUUCGAAACCUGAACGUUACGGAUAUAUAAACACUAUAUAUAACGCUACCUAUCACCGUCCUCACUGUAUACAAACAAGAACAACUUAUGAUUACAUACAAAUAUAUCAACAAAGUGAAGAUUGUUUAUAUCUUAAUAUCUACAUUCCAGGUGAUAAUAUAAAAAACCAGAAUAAAUAUGCUGUUAUGAUAUUUAUUCACGGUGGAAGUUUUGUAGAUGGGGGUGCGGAUGCCUACGAUGGCUCUAAAUUGAGCGCGCUCAAUGACGUCAUCGUUGUAACUAUAAAUUACCGUUUAAAUAUUUUUGGAUUUUUAAACAACGGAGACAACAUAAAAGGUAAUAAUGGACUGUGGGAUAUGAAGCUAGCCAUACAAUGGGUACAUGAUCAUAUAUCAGACUUUGGUGGGGAUCCGACUAGAGUUACACUGUUUGGGAAUUCAGCCGGAGGCGCUGCUGUGUUGUACCAGGCUAUACAUCCGGGCAAUAGAAAUUUGUUUCAAAGAAUUAUAUCACAAAGUGGAAGCUGUUUCUCAUUCUGGGCAAUUCAAAAGAACCCCGUUCAUAACUUUCGUUGGUAUAUUUCAGAAGUUGGAUGUGAGAGGGGAGGUAACUCUGAAAUUCUUAGAUGUCUGCGUGAGAAAUCUGUGGAUGAUCUUAAAUUGGCAGAAACAAAAUAUACUACACAAUUUGUGCCUUCAAUUGACAAUGACUUUUUACCAGAAGACCCAAUAUCGUUGUCAAGGAAACAAACAUUUGCAGGUAAAAAUGCCAUGGAUUUUUUCUCAGAGUUAGACUUGUUAACUGGAGUAACUAGUAAUGACGGAGCGUUUGCUCUAGGUUACUGGACAGCAGGGAUAGCCGAGAGUUAUUUUGCUGAUAUUGCUACAGGGGUUCCAGAGACUUAUUUCAAGGAUAACUAUAUCCCCGAAAUUGUUUCUGAUAUGUUCGAUGAUAUACCUACAGUUCUUUUAGAGUCAAUAAAACAUCAGUACACGGACUGGUCAAAAGCCAAAGAUCCCAUCUCUGUGAGAGACAAUCUAUUAGAGUUUGAAUCGGAUGUUACAUUCUUUGUCCCAGUGUCUUAUACUUUGAAAACACACCGGAGAUCUCAGGGUGAUAUUAAAUUAAAUAACUCGUAUUUUUACGUUUUUAACCAUAAACCCGGUUUUGCCCCGGAGCCACAAUGGCUGACAGGGGCCACGCACGUCAUGGAACUACCUUAUAUAUUUGGGUUUUCAAAACCGUUACAGCACAAACUUAUAGAGGAUUAUCGUGCUGUAGAACCAUUUAAAGUAACCGAUGAAGACCUUUAUUUCUCUACUAUCAUGAUGAAGAUUUGGACCAACUUUGCAAAGACAGGAAAUCCUAACUUAGAUGACAAUGCCACGGUCCCCACGUGGCCAACAUUUGACAACAUUAAUCAACAAUAUUUGGAACUAGAUGUAAACAUGACGACAGAGUCAGUGAAGCAUCAUCUAGCAGCGUCACGUGUCGCAUUUUGGGAACAUUUAGUUCCAGUGCUGGCAAAAUGCAGUACAAGUUGCGGCUCAUGUUACGUAACAGUUGCUUCUUGCCUUGUUAAAACAAUUAUUUUGUGUGUUUUUAGUACAUUUAUCAAAUAAAUAACGAUCAGCUAAUUAAUAUUUGGAGAAUAAAAAAGGGGAGACAACUGUAAAAGCGAGAAGGCAACCAAUUAAGAUUUACCUAGGUGCAGAGCACCAAGUCGAUGUAAUUAGAAUUUGUUGACGUCGUGCUUCUGUCAACCUACAGAUCUUUAAUUACUGAUAGGAGUUGCACCUGACCGGCCUAAAAGCAGUCACGUCCUUGAACUGAACUGUAUAACUGGAACAGAUCUCGAACUUUCUCGUGAGAGUAGAUAGUAAUGUUUGUACGUUUGUUUUUACUAUGUGUAUUAAUAUGGACACAAGAACACAAAAAUCAACAAUGUGUACCAAUAACUCUUUAAAAAAAAUGUUUGUUCGAUUUAUUUUUUAAAAUGAAUAAUAGAGAACAAUUAUUCUAUACAAAAUAUUAAAAGGUAUCGCGUUACCGUCAAAUGGAAUGGAAACUAAAUUAUCAAGUAUAUAUUUCAUUUUGGACAGUUGAGUGCGUUUGACCUAUUUGCACUAUCAACGGAAAAAAAAGACAUGCUGGGGUCAUAUCUGUCAUGAACAUUGAGGUAAAAUGCGUUUGAGAAAAACAAGUGCGAGACGUUACUUGUCACAAUUUAUUAUAUUUACAUGUAUAUAUUUUGUUUUUACUUGUAUUGUACGUAUAACCCGACCGAAAGAAAACCCGUAUUGUACAUACAAUCCGACAGAAAGAAAAUCCGUACUGUACGUAGUUGAUACGAGAAUGAUCCGGAAUGACGUCACAGGCGUAAAAUAGUUACGUUAUGGUAAAAUAUAGUUUGACUUCUGGAGAUAUAUAAUAAAAGGGGUUAUUAUAUGAAUACCAUGGAUCUAUUAUUUGUAUAAGUCUCCCUAGGGUUAUACUUUAACAUAUAAUCCGACGGGUUCCCCACUCUCAAUCAAAUACAUAUCUAUAUCAACAUUUAUUUAAUCAUACUCUGCGAUUUUUUUAUUUAUUUGGAUCUAGAAUUUAACAUUGAUGAGUACAAUACGGGAUUUAUUUGAACAUAUCAUACGAGACUAGUCUCCCAACUAAUAUGUCUUUUUUACCAGCUGCACAUGUAUACUUGUCGAAUAUAUUCUACUGAGUAGUUCAAUGAUGAAAAACAUUUAUAUACUUAUUGCUGAAUUUUCGUCAUAG